CCAGAGGGCGCAGUUUCCCGACUCGGCCUCGGCCACAUCCGGGUUCCACCGCAGAUUCGAGCUGGGAGCAAGCGGAACCUUUCUGCCGCGUCUCUAGCUAACACGCACCGCAGGGACAGUUCAGGCCUCUGCGCACCGUUCUCCGGGAGUCUUGCAGUUUGCUUGGGGCAGGGAAGGCGUGCGCGGAGGUUUUAUCUGCUUCUGCCUCCUUCGUGAGCAGCAUGGACGUGCUAGCCGAGGAGUUUGGGAACCUGACGCCGGAGCAGCUGGCUGCGCCGAUCCCGACUGUAGAGGAAAAAUGGAGGCUGCUUCCAGCAUUUUUAAAGGUGAAAGGCCUUGUGAAACAGCAUAUAGAUUCGUUUAACUAUUUUAUUAAUGUAGAGAUAAAGAAGAUAAUGAAAGCCAAUGAAAAGGUUACAAGUGACGCUGACCCUAUGUGGUACUUAAAAUAUCUUAACAUCUAUGUUGGGCUACCUGAUGUUGAAGAAAGCUUCAAUGUAACUAGACCAGUGUCCCCUCAUGAGUGCCGUUUGAGGGACAUGACAUACUCUGCCCCCAUUACAGUGGAUAUUGAAUAUACCCGAGGCAGCCAGAGGAUUAUCCGCAAUGCCUUACCCAUUGGCAGAAUGCCCAUAAUGUUACGUAGUUCAAACUGUGUUCUUACAGGAAAAACGCCAGCAGAAUUUGCCAAACUGAAUGAAUGUCCUUUAGAUCCAGGUGGCUACUUCAUUGUUAAAGGAGUAGAAAAAGUUAUUCUUAUCCAAGAGCAGCUGUCUAAGAACAGGAUCAUCGUGGAGGCUGAUAGAAAAGGGGCCGUUGGAGCUUCAGUUACCAGCUCUACCCAUGAGAAAAAAAGCAGAACCAAUAUGGCUGUGAAACAAGGGCGAUUUUAUCUGAGGCAUAAUACUUUGUCGGAAGAUAUACCUAUUGUCAUCAUAUUUAAGGCCAUGGGUGUUGAGAGUGACCAGGAAAUUGUGCAGAUGAUUGGAACUGAGGAGCACGUGAUGGCUGCAUUUGGGCCCAGUCUGGAAGAGUGCCAGAAAGCUCAGAUUUUCACACAGAUGCAGGCAUUAAAAUAUAUAGGGAACAAAGUAAGAAGGCAAAGGAUGUGGGGAGGCGGACCAAAGAAAACCAAAAUAGAAGAAGCAAGAGAGCUUCUGGCUUCCACCAUUCUGACCCAUGUCCCAGUUAAGGAAUUCAAUUUCCGAGCCAAAUGUAUCUAUACUGCAGUGAUGGUGCGAAGAGUAAUUCUGGCCCAAGGAGAUAAUAAAGUAGACGACAGAGAUUAUUAUGGUAACAAACGACUGGAAUUGGCAGGACAGCUUUUAUCUCUUCUUUUUGAAGACUUGUUCAAAAAAUUUAAUUCUGAAAUGAAAAAGAUUGCCGACCAGGUGAUUCCUAAACAAAGAGCAGCCCAGUUUGAUGUUGUCAAACACAUGCGCCAAGACCAGAUCACCAAUGGCAUGGUGAACGCCAUUUCUACUGGAAAUUGGUCUCUAAAGAGAUUUAAAAUGGACCGCCAGGGUGUGACCCAAGUGCUGUCUCGCUUGUCAUAUAUAUCUGCACUGGGCAUGAUGACAAGAAUCUCUUCCCAGUUUGAAAAAACAAGAAAAGUGAGUGGUCCUCGCUCCCUCCAGCCAUCUCAGUGGGGAAUGCUCUGUCCUUCGGACACUCCUGAAGGAGAGGCAUGCGGCUUGGUUAAAAACUUGGCCCUUAUGACACACAUCACAACUGAUAUGGAAGAUGGACCCAUUGUUAAAUUAGCCAGUAACUUGGGAGUAGAAGAUGUGAAUUUAUUAUGUGGGGAAGAGCUUUCUUACCCAAAUGUGUUUCUUGUGUUUCUUAAUGGUAACAUAUUGGGUGUCAUUCGAGACCAUAAAAAGCUAGUGAAUACAUUUCGACUGAUGAGAAGAGCAGGAUAUAUCAAUGAAUUUGUUUCCAUCUCCACAAAUCUUACAGAUCGAUGUGUCUAUAUUUCUUCUGAUGGAGGAAGGCUGUGCAGACCCUAUAUAAUUGUCAAGAAGCAGAAGCCAGCAGUCACAAAUAAACAUAUGGAAGAGCUGGCCCAAGGGUACAGGAAUUUUGAAGAUUUCUUACAUGAGAGUCUGGUUGAGUAUUUAGAUGUGAAUGAAGAAAAUGAUUGUAACAUCGCACUGUAUGAGCACACAAUUAAUAAAGACACCACCCACUUGGAGAUUGAACCCUUCACUCUUCUUGGCGUGUGUGCUGGACUGAUUCCAUACCCUCACCAUAACCAGUCCCCGAGAAACACUUACCAGUGUGCCAUGGGGAAACAAGCCAUGGGUACUAUAGGAUACAACCAGCGAAACAGAAUUGAUACUCUCAUGUAUCUACUAGCAUAUCCACAAAAACCCAUGGUUAAGACAAAAACCAUUGAAUUGAUAGAAUUUGAGAAACUGCCAGCUGGACAGAAUGCAACAGUUGCUGUGAUGAGUUAUAGUGGCUAUGAUAUUGAAGAUGCUCUUGUUUUAAACAAGGCCUCUUUAGACAGAGGCUUUGGGCGUUGCCUUGUAUAUAAAAAUGCUAAAUGUACAUUGAAACGGUACACCAAUCAGACUUUUGAUAAAGUGAUGGGGCCCAUGUUGGAUGCUGCUACAAGGAAACCCAUCUGGCGACAUGAAAUCUUAGAUGCAGAUGGUAUUUGUUCUCCAGGUGAGAAGGUAGAAAACAAACAAGUGCUUGUAAAUAAGUCCAUGCCCACAGUGACUCAGAUUCCUUUGGAAGGAAGUAAUGUACCACAGCAACCACAGUACAAAGAUGUGCCUAUAACUUACAAAGGAGCAACAGACUCAUAUAUUGAAAAAGUGAUGAUAUCCUCAAAUGCUGAAGAUGCUUUUCUGAUCAAAAUGCUGCUGAGACAGACAAGGCGUCCAGAGAUUGGAGACAAAUUCAGCAGUCGUCAUGGGCAAAAAGGUGUUUGUGGCUUGAUCGUCCCCCAGGAAGACAUGCCAUUUUGUGAUUCUGGCAUCUGUCCGGACAUCAUAAUGAACCCACACGGCUUCCCAUCACGAAUGACGGUGGGGAAGCUCAUUGAGCUGCUGGCUGGCAAGGCCGGUGUGCUGGACGGCAGAUUCCACUACGGCACUGCGUUUGGAGGCAGUAAAGUGAAGGAUGUGUGUGAGGACCUCGUUCGCCAUGGUUAUAACUAUUUGGGGAAAGACUAUGUUACAUCUGGCAUCACAGGAGAGCCCUUAGAAGCAUACAUCUAUUUUGGCCCCGUGUACUAUCAGAAGCUGAAACACAUGGUGCUGGAUAAAAUGCAUGCCCGAGCCCGGGGCCCACGAGCUGUCCUUACCAGGCAACCCACUGAAGGACGGUCUCGUGAUGGUGGCUUGCGUCUUGGGGAAAUGGAACGUGACUGUUUAAUCGGUUAUGGAGCCAGUAUGCUUUUGCUAGAGAGACUAAUGAUUUCAAGUGAUGCCUUUGAGGUUGAUGUCUGUGGGAAGUGUGGACUUCUCGGGUAUUCUGGCUGGUGCCAUUUCUGCAAGUCAUCCCGCCAAGUGUCUUCCCUCCGUAUUCCAUAUGCCUGCAAGCUGCUCUUCCAGGAACUACAGUCUAUGAACAUUAUCCCCAGGUUAAAACUGUCCAAGUACAAUGAAUGAGGAUGGAAAAAAUGAUUACUAAAAAGAACAAGUGAUACAUCUAAUACGAUGGAAAGCAGAAGGGAUUGAGGACUACUUCUCCUCCUGUGGAUAAUUCCUUUGCAUAUUCUCUCUCUAAAACAAAAAAGAAAAUGGAGAGGCUUUUUAUAUACUACAAGACUGACUGAACAACGUUGGCCACGCAGACUGCCAGGCUGCUUGAUUCACAGAUGGAUGUGACCUAAAGGAUGAAUAAGCUAUUACUUAUAUGCCAGUAUCUUGACAUUUACUCAUUAGAAGACCUUACUCCUUCAAGAGAAUGUUUGGGGUCAGAUUUACCAUAUCAUCUGGCCAACAAUAUUCAAGAUUCCCCUGAAACUUGGAGGAUGUAAAGAAUCCGUUUGAUUUGGUCAGCCUGGCUUUCGUUGAGGUGGCUGGUUCUGAUACAUUUUCCCAACAAUUAAAUCUUGGUUUUACACACCCAGACUUUGUAAUUUUAGUCUUGGUGAAAUACAAUAAAUUUCUUCCUACCUUGUCAAGCAAGAAUGUCAUCUUGUGGACUCAGUUAUUAUUUUGAACCUCCGUGAUCAUACCAUGCAAUAAUAUUCAUUAAAUAUCUGAAUCUAA